CCGUCAACCAAACUAAUCAAUAGUUUCGGUUUCAUACUGUUUCAUCUCCCAAAGUCAAACUAUACUCAAUGGUCCCGACACUAUGGGCUGGAUAUGGAGAGAGUCCAUGGAUCGUCCAACUCUCCUGAGUUUGACUUUCACCAUACCUUUAUGAUAUUCUGAUCUAUAUGAUCAUGAUCAUUAUCUUGAUCCAUUAUAUUGAUUAUGAUAAUGAUGAUUCUGAUUGGGAAAAUGGAUCAUAUCCGAGAGAAUCGCCACGAGCGGUAUCGGCAGUAAGAGACUUCCCAUCUAGUCUUGACCCGGAUGGGAAAAGUCGGAUCCAUUUGCCACGAUGGAGUCGAAGUGUCUUCUACUACCUAGUGUCUCGAGUACUUCUCUAGAAAUGAAUAGAGUGACUGAUACGAAUGUCAGAUGGAAGGAUCCGAAAAAAGAAAGCAUAGUUUCAUGAUCCAACUCAUUCAGCUCAUCCAACUCAAUCCAAAAAGAACGAGAAGUGAAGAAAAAGGAAUAACAAGAGAAUUAAAAAAAAAAAUAAAAAAAUUCCAAGAUAAGCAGUGGGGCUGGACCAUGAUUGGGCGAUGCCCAGGCCGAGUUUAUUUUAUUCUAUUUGAUUUUCCAAUUGCUUGUUAUCUCUCUCUAUCUUCCUCUAUCAUUAUCAUUAUUGGAUUUUAUUUUUUCGAUUCAGUUCAUUCCUUUGCCGCGCCUCCCUCACUCUCUCACUCUCUCUCUUCACAUCCUGUCUGUCUUCUCUUCUCCUCGUUCUCCUCUUACUCUCCCUCUCAAGUACUUUCUUAAGUACGCACUCCCCGUUGUCCUCUCUCUCAAUUGCAAUAGACACAGGGAAUCAAGAGAGGCAAAAAAAAAAAAAAAA